AUGUCGAAGGCUACCUCUGCAACAGGGGAUGAGGUGGACACGAAAACGUCCAAGCCAAAGAAGUCGAGGAAGAAGAAGAAGAAGAAGAAGGCAAAGAGAAAGAAGACGUCUGAUGACAGCAGCAGUGACAGUGACCAAGAUGGAGCCUUUAAGUUUCGUGCUUCCCUUGCUGAUUCGCAACAGGAACAAGCGUAUCAGUCAGCGAUGGAGAACCUACAGAAUGCUACCACUCGCUUGACUCAGGUUGGAUCUCAUGCGUCAUCGCCGACACAAUCCUGA